AUGGGCCUGACAUCCGUCAGUGUGGCUUAUUCAAUGAUGAUUCUGUCCUCCAUGUUUGUAUCUCCAACACUAAUGAACUAUCUGGGCUGCAAGUGGACUGCCGCUCUCUGCAUCAGCAGCUCUGCCAUAUAUUCCAUUGGAAACUUCUUCCCAGGAUGGCCAAGUUUGAUGAUCACUUCCGUAAUUAUAGGUUUAGGAGCAGCUCCUCUGUGGUCAUCGCUCAGCACCUACAUCACCAUAGUUGCCCAACGGCAAGCUGAGAUAGAUAACACGAAAACCGAAGACAAAAUCAGUCAAUAUUUUGGCAUAUUAAUCCUCGCCUACAGUUCGGCCAACAUUUGGGGCAACCUGAUGUCCUCUCUCAUCCUUGGCUCUGCUUCCGAGACAGGCAAUGUGUCCAAUGGAGAUCCUCUAUUCUGUGGUGUGAGCAGCUGCCUCAACUCCAGUGGGCUGGCAGCCAUGGCCGAGAGACCCGAGACAGGUCCACUAAACAUCCUUCUGGGAUGCUUUGUCGGCCUUGGAACGAUGGGGGUAAUCGUCAUCAGUGUGUUUCUGGAUAAUGUGAAAGAAGAAGAAGAAGUUGACACAAAAAAGUCCUUCUGUUUUGUCUUCUUUGCAACGUUAAGACAACUACGAGACUACCGACUUGUGCUUCUUAUCCCCAUGACCAUAUACAUUGGUCUGGAGAUAAGCUUCCUCUCAGGAGACUUCACCAGUGUGUACGCAACAUGUGCCCUUGGAAUACACUAUGUUGGUUUUGUAAUGAUCUGCUUUGGGGCUACAAGUUCAAUAACUUCCAUUACAGUAGGGAGAUUAUCGAAAUACACAGGGAGACAGGUACUUAUUUCACUUGCUGCGGUGAUCAACCUUUCCUGUAUAAUUGGUCUACUCAUUUGGAAACCUGAUCCAGACCAGAAGGCCGUCUUCUUUGUGUUUCCUGCUCUUUGGGGAAUGGCAGAUGCUAUAUGGCAGACACAGACCAAUGGCAAGUUGGCGAUGUGCUAGCCUAAUGCACUGCUUUCUUUUUUACUUUUUGUAAAACACAUACUGUAGGUAUU